AUGUCAUCGAAAAAUAGUUCAACGGGUAUUUUUCUCGUGUCACCAACAAAACUUAUAUCCGCCGUAAUAAAAUUCUUCACAUACGACUACAGUAAACAGAUAGACGAUAAAUUUCUCGAUGACCCACAAAGUGACUUUUCGUCGAAAUGUUCAACACCUUCGUGUGAAGCAUUAGAAAUUUGGCCAGAUGCUGUCGUGCCGUUUGAUAAUGAACAACUGGCAGUACACCUCGAAAACCCAUUUCAUGAAUUUGACGAGGUAACAGAAACAUCUUCAGUCAAAGCACAAAACAUAUAUGCAUCAAAAUCAUACUUCACAAAUGACGAAGACGAUGACAACUUACAAUGUUUACAAUACAAUGAAGAAUGCAGCUUCUUCGGUAGUAUAUUUGGCUCUGGAUAUUCAGCAGAUGAAGAUAUACCACGAGGUGAAUUCUGUGACUAG